ACGAUUAUCGCAAUAUGGCAAGAUAAGAGACAGUGGGUUUUAAAUUGUUAAAAACUUAAAAACAUUUUUAAAGUGCAUUUCACUUAAAGUCCUAAGUGUAGCUUUCUUAUCAGGAAGGAAAAUGUAACCUUACUGUGUGAAUAUAUAUUUUAAAAAUACAUUUGUAGUUUCAAAUAAGAAUAUUUUUGGAAAAAAAAUACUCAAAUGGCAAGAGGAAGACAGUUUGCGCCAUCACCUGCAUCUGAUGGAAAAUGGUUUGUUCAUCGAGGCUCUGAGAGCGCGUAUGGCGAGAGGAAGUGCCUCACUAGUACUGGCAUUAUGCUAGCUGCACCGUUUGGACAGGAAGCGGAAACCAAACCAGCGCCUCCACCGCCUCCCUUCCGGUCUAAAACAGAGAUAAACUACAAGACUGCAAACAAAUUUUCAGAACACAAUAAUAGACACGCAUUUCAAGAUCAUGGCGUCUAUUUUGGCAAUGGGAAGGAUGAAAGAACACUGGGUCGUAAAAUAACCCUGCCCGAACUUCGUCUACAUCACACAGAGAAGACGUUUUUAAAGCACCAUUCCAGAAACCCCGUGGACGCUGAUUUAAACACAAACUAUAGGGUAUCAUACCUCGGCCAACCCACCGAAAAUCCGCCAGCUCACCGGCGAUUUGCCCGGAAGUACAGAGCUCCGGAAACCGGAAGUAUUAAAUUACAAACAUCCACAACUGAUUGGCAUAAGUCCCCGGAUGUUCCGUACAGAACGCCAACUCACGUGUUAGCCGUAUCACAGGAACCAUUUCCUAAGCAUAAUCCGUGGAAAUACUCCAACCAUGGCAUGAGAGACAUUUAUCCCCCUUAUGAGAGGAGCACCAAACCCCUAGUGAAUAACCAAUUUAACAAAUAUGGCGCUGCUUUUGCGGCUGCAAGUGAAUGAAAACUGUGAUAUAUAAUUAUAGGAAUAAUUUUCUCAAUUUUCCCUCUUGUAUGUGACCACUGGUUAUCAGGACUGUAAUAGUAUUCACAUCUUAUGAUUUUUUUGUCUACAUGUAAGAAAAUGAUAUACGUAAGUUAUAAAGAGAUAUGCAUAGGAUCAUGGAAGUGCAAGUGUUAAGCGCAUACCGGUACAAGGACUCAUUGCAUAAAAGAAACUAUGAAAAUAUAUGAUUAUUAAUCUCUAUGUAUGCACUUUUACUUUUCUGUGUUAAUGAAUACUGCAUCGAUCUGCUUGGUGUCAGUCUGUUUUCAUGCAUUGGCAUGUACUAGUAUUAUAUUUGUUGAAUACAAUAUAAAUAUUUUCCAGCUU